AUGAGAAAAAAAAGGAAAAGGAAGAAGGGAGAUACAACACUGAAAAGCCAGACGAAAACUGCAGUACUGUGUAGAAGUGAACAAACAGAUGAAAGUUGCGAGCCUCAUUUAGUUGUACAAUGGCAAAUUCAGUUUUUUCUUUUUUUGGUUGCUAUGAUGCUCUUCGUGUUGUUGCUGUUAUUUCAUGUAGCUGUGCCAAUACACACUAUUCAGUUAAAGCUCAACUACAUCGGAUUGAAUUCUACUUCUUCUUCACUCCCUCUUGCACUCACUGUACAUUAUUUUUAUGUAUGUAAACUGGGAAAUGGUGCUCUAUGCCAAGAUCCAAGCAAGGUUGAUAGGAUUGGAUUGUCAGUUAUAAAAUUUUAUUUGAUCGCGACACUUCGAUCUGAAAGGACUUCAACUAAAACUAAAACUUGUUAA